ACUUUAUACGGUUUUGGUAUAACUUCCAAGGUACCCAUGUCAAUCAAUAAUUCUUAGGUUUGCUUAUCUCACCAUAGUGGAGGGACCAGCUGUAACUUCAGAUUCAUUGGUGGACUUCAUUCAUUUUUUUAUCAUCAACCCAAAACAGAGGUCUCACUUGUUCCAGCAGGUCUCAUGUCGAUACAGUUGCUUGUGUAAAUUAAUUUGGGGGAAAUCAAUCUGGUGACGCUGUAGAACAAGAUGGUAAUCACCAGCAUCAGUCAUGAAUUUCCGGAGGACUAUGAUCGAGCUAGUGAAUUAAAGGCUUUCGAUGAGUCUAAAACUGGUGUUAAAGGUCUAGCUGAUGCCGGGGUCUCCAAAGUUCCUCGGAUGUUCAUUCAACCACCAGAUAACUUGAGAACCUAUACUACCCAGUUCAAUUUUCCCGUCGUAGACCUACAAGGCAUGGACAAUGAUCCAAUUCGCCGGAACAAGAUCGUUGACAUGGUCAGGGAUGCAUCAGAGACGUGGGGUUUCUUCAACGUGGUGAACCAUGGGAUCCCUGUUAGCGUGUUGGAGGAGAUGAUGGAAGGAGUACGCCGGUUUCAUGAACAAGAUACUGAGGUGAAGAAGCAGUUUUACACACGUGAUGCGUCGAGGAAAAAGGUGAUGUACAAUAGCAAUUUUGAUCUGUACACAGCACCAGCAGCUAAUUGGAGGGACACCUUUUAUUGCCUUAUGGCUCCUCAUCCUCCCAACCCAGAAGAAUUGCCAGCAUCAUGCAGGGACAUACUGAUGGAGUAUAAGGAUCAAGUUAUGAGAUUAGGAUUUAAAUUGUUUGAGUUAAUAUCCGAGGCUCUGGGGCUUAAUCCAAACCACCUAAAAGACAUGGACUGCGCAGAGGGGCUGUCAAUUUUAUGUCACUACUAUCCGUCGUGCCCACAGCCAGAACUAACUAUGGGCACCACCAAACACGCUGACAAUGACUUCCUCACUGUACUACUACAAGACCAGAUUGGAGGCCUCCAAGUUCUUCAUCAAGGUCAGUGGAUUGAUGUCCCCCCAAGGCUUGGAGCGCUUGUAAUUAAUGUUGGAGAUCUUCUACAGCUUAUUACGAAUGACAGGUUUAAAAGUGUAAAACACAGGGUACCGGCAAACCAUAUAGGCCCCAGAGUCUCAGUGGCAUGCUUUUUUAGAACAUCUAUUCAGCCAUCCUCCAAACUUUAUGGGCCUAUCAAGGAAUUGUCAUCUGAAGAGAAUCCGCCAAAGUACAGGGAAACCACAGUGGGAGACUAUGUUGCCUAUUUCAAUUCAAAAGGGCUUGAUGGAACUUCUGCCCUACCACAUUUCAGGCUCUAGAUUGGAAUGGAUAGGAGAAAGGAUUAUCAUGAUGGAUGCUUUACCGUAUUUGCUAGUGUUAUGAUUGUGCCUCUUUCAGUUAAUGUUGAAUUUUGAAUUUUGCCUUAGUAUAUGCUGAAAUUUGAAUUUUGAAGUUAAAUAUUGCA